CCCGCGCGCCGGGCCAGGUAAGUGCCGAGGCCGCGGCGCCUGGCGGAGUGCGGGCCGCUGUCCCGUCGCCGCGGCGCAGAAUUAAAAGGCUCCUGGCAAAAGUUUGAAAAAUGGCAACGAAUGAUAGUGACAUCUUCAGCUCAGCAUCUCUGGCUGUGGAGUACAUAGACUCCCUGCUCCCUGUGAACCCACUACAAGAACCAUUUAAAAAUGCUUGGACUUACAUGUUGGAUAAUUACACAAAGUUCCAGAUUGCAACAUGGGGCUCUCUUAUAGUCCAUGAAGUCAUUUAUUUCUUAUUCUCUCUACCUGGAUUUUUGUUUCAAUUUAUACCUUACAUGAGAAGGUACAAAAUUCAGAAGGAUAAACCAGAAACAUUUGAAGGCCAGUGGAAAUGCUUCAAAGCACUUCUCUUCAAUCACUUUUGUAUCCAACUACCUAUGAUAUGUGGCACCUAUUAUUUUACAGAAUUUUUCAACAUUCCUUAUGAUUGGGAAAGAAUGCCAAGAUGGUUUUUUCUUCUGGCAAGGUGUUUAGGCUGUGCAGUCAUUGAGGAUACCUGGCACUAUUUCUUGCAUAGACUCCUGCACCACAAAAGGAUAUAUAAGUAUAUUCAUAAGGUUCAUCAUGAGUUUCAGGCUCCGUUUGGAAUGGAAGCUGAAUAUGCACACCCUUUAGAAACGAUCAUCCUCGGGACUGGGUUUUUCAUUGGAAUUGUGCUCCUGUGUGAUCACGUAGUGCUGCUUUGGGCGUGGGUGACCAUUCGCUUGCUCGAAACUAUUGAUGUGCACAGUGGUUAUUAUAUUCCUCUGAACCCUUUAAACUUAAUCCCUUUCUAUGCGGGCUCUCGGCACCAUGACUUCCACCACAUGAACUUCAUCGGGAAUUACGCAUCAACGUUUACAUGGUGGGAUAGGAUUUUUGGAACAGAUGCCCAGUUCCAUGCCUAUUAUGAAAGGAUGAAGAAGCUUGAGAAAAAGACUGAAUAAGUACUUCUCAUAAAGCUUUCUGAAGACCAGCAUUUCCUGACUUGAAACUAGUAGCUAACAUUGCUUCUGGGGAGCAGAAAUAAACAUGUUUCUUGGCUGCUAAGUGAUAAAAAGAACAUUAACAACCUUUAUCUUCCUGGUGGGAACUUUUCUACUUUACAUUCAAGUUCUGUAUAUGUAGGAAUAAAUAAAUAAAUAAAUAUAUUUAAAUAUGUUUUCAUGAGGACGUUGUAAAGGCUCUGUUGUUAACCUCCCCAGAAAACUUUUAAGUGAAGGAAGAAGUGUGGAUCUGCGACUUUCCCCCUGUGCUGCCAGAGGACUGAAGUCAACAUGGGCCUUAAGUCUUAGAUGCACACUGGUCAUUUCAAAAUUUCUCAGUAAUGAAGUUGGCCUGACAUUUGACAAUAAAUAUUUUUUAGAAUUUUCCUAAAAUAAAAAUAUCAUGAAUUGAGCCAUGUCAGCUGAUAGACACAGCAAGUGACAGAAGCUGUCAUCUGGAGUAACUAACACCAAAACCUUCCUGUCACGCCCUCUCGCCUGGAGCUGGCCUGUGUAGCGCAGUUCUUCCUGUGCAGGGUUGUUUCUGAAUGUGGUUCCUUAUAGUCUGAAAAAUUUCCAGUUACUUGAGUUUGUUUUUUAAUUGAGCUUUCUUUAGUUCUUCUAUUUACCCCUUCAUUUUUGUAUAUCAGAUUUUCAUUAAAGUUAUCUUGAGCCUUUGUGAACUGACUUGCUGUAUUUGCACUUUGAGAUGUUGAAAUAAAUGUGAUUUUUGUCCAA